AUGGGAAACGCUACCAACCACACUAGGAUCUCCGGGGUGGUGGGACGGGAGUUGACCCUGCGGGCAGUGACCGGUUGUUUGCUGUUUCUACUCAUUGUCUCCACUCUGCUGGGCAACACGCUGGUGUGCUUGGCCGUGAUCAAGUUCAGGCACCUGCGCUCCAAAGUCACCAACUUCUUCGUCAUCUCGCUGGCGGUGUCCGACCUGUUCGUGGCCGUGCUGGUGAUGCCCUGGAAGGCAUUGAGCCAGGUGGCCGGCUACUGGCUCUUCGGGUCCUUCUGCGACACCUGGAUCGCCUUCGACAUCAUGUGCUCGACCGCGUCCAUCCUCAACCUGUGCAUCAUCAGUUUGGAUAGGUACUGGGCCAUCGCCAGCCCCUUCAGGUACGAGCGCAAGAUGACCCAGAGGGUGGCCUUCAUCAUGAUCGGGGUGGCCUGGACCCUCUCCAUCCUUAUCUCCUUCAUCCCGGUGCAACUCAAGUGGCACAAGGCGGAGGUCGACUUGCUGCUGCUGUCCCCACAGCUGGACAACAACUGUGACUCCAGCCUGAACCGGACCUACGCCAUCUCCUCCUCGCUCAUCAGCUUCUACAUCCCGGUAGUGAUCAUGUUGGCCACCUACACCCGGAUCUACCGCAUAGCACAGACACAAAUCCGCAGGAUCUCCUCGCUGGAGAGGGCGGUGGAACAUGCCCACAGCUGCCACGACCACGCCGCCGACUGUCCCCACGAAGCGGCCCUCAAAACCUCCUUCAAGAAGGAGACCAAGGUGCUGAAGACACUGUCCAUCAUCAUGGGGGUCUUCGUCUUUUGCUGGCUCCCGUUCUUCGUGCUGAACUGCAUGGUGCCGUUCUGCGACCCGCAACUGUCCAGCGGCUCCCGGCUACCCUGCGUCAGCGAGAUCACCUUCAACAUCUUCGUGUGGUUCGGCUGGGCCAACUCGUCCCUCAACCCGGUCAUCUACGCCUUCAACGCUGACUUCAGGAAGGCGUUCUCCACCAUCCUGGGCUGCGGCCGAUUCUGCCCCAGGAACGAGGUGGAGGCCGUCAACUUCAGCAACCAGCUGGUCUCCUACCACCACGACACCACCUUGCACAAGGACGCCACCGUCACCCUGGUCAACGGCAGCGCCCUGCCCAACCAGCUCAGCCAGCCCGAGGAACGAGAGCUGCCCUUCCACAAGGUCUCCAGCAUCUCCUCUGACCACAGCCCCGGGGAGCAGGACAAUGUGCACCUCCCCGGCGGCGUUCAAUACGAGUGCGAGGCAGAGAUCAGUCUGGACACUAUCACCGCCAUGUACCGCUGA